GCAUCCGGCCAACGACAGCUGCGCGCAGUCCGUCUCGCCGCGCCGCCCUCUCCGUGUUGCCGCCUGCUCCACGGGCCGCCGCACCUUGGUUCGCGCCGUACAGCCAGCCGUCACACCCAGCGGCGACGAUGCGGUGGUGGCUGGUGGUGGCGCUGGUGGCGUGGUGCGCCGCGCCGGCGUGCCGGGCGCAGGCGUCGUUCCGCGACUACCGCGCGCUCAGCAGCAACUUCACGCGCCUGCUCGACACGCUGCUCGACAAGGAGCGCUACGACAAGCGGCUGCGGCCCGACCUCGGAGGACCUCCACUUAGCGUCACAGUGAACAUCCUCAUCAAAACCAUGAGUGAAGUCUCUGAGGGAGAUCAGCACUACACGCUGGACUGCUACUUCCGGCAGACGUGGACGGACCGCCGGCUCACGUUCGACUUCCCGGGCCUGGACGAGUUCUCGCUGUCGUGGCUGUUCCUGGACCGCGUCUGGAAGCCGGACACGUUCUUCCUCAACGGCAAGAAGUCGCACCUGCACCGCAUCAGCGUGCCCAACAAGUUCCUCCGGCUGCGCCACGACGGCCUCCUCACCUACUCCAUCAGGCUGACAAUCCAGGCUCGAUGUCCCAUGCAUCUUCGCAAGUUCCCACUGGACUCGCAAGCUUGCCCGUUGGUCAUUGGAAGCUACGGCUACCGGUCGUCGGACUUGGUGUACCGCUGGCUGGGCGGCAGCUCCAGCGUCGUGGCGGAGGGCGUCGAGCUGGCCCAGUACGAUCUGGUGCGCGUCACCACCAAGGAGAACAUCAGCGUCUUCUUCGGCGACGACGAGUACUCGGUGCUGCGGUGCGUGUUCAGCAUGAAGCGGCGCACGGGCUACUACAUGCUGCAGGUGUUCCUGCCCUGCGGACUCAUCGUGUGCUGCUCCUGGGUCGCCUUCUGGAUAGACCCGGACGACGUGCCCGGCCGCGUCGCUAUGGGUGUGAUGACGGUGCUGUCGAUGGCCAACAUGGGGUUCGGAGGUCGCGCGCAGAUGCCGCGCGUCUCGUACGCCACGGCGCUAGACUACUUCGUCAUCCUGUGCUUCUCCUUCGUCUUCGCCGUCGUCAUAGAGUACGCCGCCAUAAACUUCAUCGACAAGACGCAGCUGGACGCCACUCGCAGCCAGAAGAUGAAGAAGCCCAAGAGCACUGCAGCACCUGAAGGACCUCCGGCAGUGCCUGCUCUCGUUGUCGAGCUGGCAAACGAGGGAACACAGAAGGGCGAAUCCGCGGGCGAGGACAGCGGCCUGGAGACGGACGAGUUGCCCGCACGCACGCAGCGCUCUGCCAGCCUCACGCACGCGCCCAGGGACUCCUCCGUUGACGCACCAGGCGGGUCGCUAAAGGCGCCAUCUGCUUCUGGUUUGCGGAGACGCAGUGAGGCGGCGCUGCUGUCGGUGCCCGGCCUCGCGCCAGUGCGCAGGCGCAGUGUGGCGGCCAUGGCGUCUCUGCGUGGCUCCAUCAUGGACCUGCGGAGGGCCGCCAGCUCGCUGCGGCGAGAGAAGGGCGACAAGUUCUCGCGCAUCGACAUGGCCGCGCGGAAGGCCUUCCCUGUCGCCUUUACCUCCCUGCUCGGCCUCUACUGGCUGCUCUACAUGUACUACGUCACCGACGAGCUGCCCCUCAAAGCUGCCGCCAGCCUGCUCAUGGGAGCACCCGUACCUGCCAACUGAUGUCCCCUCUCAUCACCUGAUCAGCUACAUUCAGCACAUCUCGUACUGGCGUCUGCUGACAGGAGGAGUCUUCCCCGAGUUUGUGACUACAUGAUAUAUAGUUCUUGCGGCGAUGAAGUCGACAAGUCCCACUCAGAAUGUUCGCCACUCAUGUGAUGACACUUGUGUAGCAACUGAGUAGAAAAACAGUGCCAGUUCCGGCAGAAAACAAACCAUAUCAUUCUGCGCUCCCUGGUAACACCAGAAGACCACUAGUUACUGGUGGGUCCACUCUGUUACCUGACUCUAGUUUUUAAUUCACUUGUGCUUACACCUGCUUGAUUUUGGGGGAAGGAGAAGGGUUGAGUCCCAGAAAUUCUGUAUUUUCUGCUACUUUUUGCAUAUUUAUACAUUCAUGUAAACAAGUGUCCUCUGAAACUUGCUGGCAGAUUAAAACUGCGUUCCAGACUGGAUCUCAAAGCUGGGACCUUGAUCGUUUGCGGGCAAGUGCUCUACCGACUGAACUAUCCAAACAGGACUCACAAACUUGCCCCCACAGCUUUACUUCUGUCAGUAGCUCGUCUCCUACCUUCCAGACUUCACAGAAGUUCUCCUGCAUGUCUUGCAGGACUAGCUCUCCUGGAAGAAAGUCUAUUGUGGAGAUGCAGCACAGCCACAGCUUGGGGGUUGUUUCCCAUAAGGUAUGUAGGAGAAUUUGUGUAAAGUUUGGAAGGAAGGCCACUGGCGGAUGCAAAGCUACGAGGGCAGGUUCAUGAGUCAUGCUUGGAUUGCUUAAUUAGUAGAGCACUUGCAAAGGUCCCAGCUUAGAGUUCCAGUCUGGCAUACAGUUUUAAUUUUCCAGGAAAUUUCAAAUCAGCACACACUCUACUACAGAGUGAAAAUUCAUUCUGGAGUGUUCUCUGCUUAUGUAUCAGCGGCAGUGACAGCAGUUUUUGCCAUCUUUGGAUUUAACAGUUACCUUUGCCAACAUCAUUUUUAACGUUAAUGACAGGCUCAAGCUAAAGCGAUAAAAUGUCACUAUUCUUACAUUUUACCAUUAUUAUGUACAAAUAGCAGUUACUCUCUACAGGGUGGUCAGAAAAUGUGUGAAAUGCUUGUAGGGAUGCUACAGGGCAGGUUGUGCUGAGACAGAAACGUUAAGAAAGAAAUUCGAUACGUUGCUCCGUUUCCGCGUCGCGCGCUCGCAUU